AUGCGGGUGCAAAAUGAAGGAACUGGUAAAUCAUCGUGGUGGAUGAUAAACCCGGACGCGAAACCCGGCAAGUCAGUCAGAAGGCGAGCGGCGUCAAUGGAAACGUCAAAAUUUGAAAAAAGGAGAGGCCGAGUCAAAAAGAAGACUGAAGCACUGAGGAACGGUGUUACAGCAGACGCUACUCCCAGUCCCAGUAGUUCCUUGUCGGAGAGCCUCGACAUAUUCCCAGAUUCACCUUUACCCAGCAGUGGUUUUCAGUUAUCACCGGAGUAUCGUCAGAGAGCUUCAUCCAAUGCAUCGUCGUGUGGCCGCCAGUCACCAAGAUCAUCGCUGCUAACUUCAGAACCCGACUGGGUCGCCGACACGUACAAUCCAGCUAGCGAUUUCGCAUCGUCUAGCGACUUCACAACAACAGGAGAUUUCGCAACUACCAGUGAUUUCACACAAGUGGACUUCGCUCAAGAAGAACAACUGGCUGGUUCUCUCGCGGACUCAAUGAAACUACAAGGAGCAGAUCCAUUUCUAAAUACAUACGUGCCGACUACGUCGUCGACAUCCUCGAGCAGCGGCUACCGGUACUCGUUCGGUGCGUGCCCGCGGCACCCGCACGGCGCGUGCGGCUGCUCGCUGUACGCGCACCCCGCGCACCCCGCGCACCCGACACACCCGCAUCAGCACGCGCUCGACCACUUCGUGCGCCCGCCGCCACCUGCGGAUCCCGCCGAUAUCAUGCAGACAGAAAAUAGCCAGACCCGGAUGGUGACAACAGACGCGGCGCUCAUGAACGGCGGAAUGAUGGUGCAAAUUGGUGCAAUGGGGCCCACCACCAUUAUGGGGCAGAUCAUGGGUGCUCUCAACACUGGCCCGGUAGAAGACUUGAACAUCGAAUCUUUGGAUCACGGCUUCGAUUGCAAUGUGGAUGAGGUCAUAAAUCACGAACUAAGCAUGGAGGGAACGUUGGACUUCAAUUUCCCUCAGCAGCACAACGCAAUGGCUGCGGAGGCCGAGAGCCAGUUCGCAGCGCCGGCGCCGCCGGUCCCCACCACGCUGUCGGGAGGCGGAGCGCCCAGAACCCCUUACUCCGUCGCCCCCUCUUGGGUCCACUGA